AUGACUGUCAGCAAGAGCAGAAUCCUCAUCGUCGGCACCGGCGGCAUCGGCACCGUCUCCGCGUACUCGCUCGAACGAGGCGGCGCUGCGGAGGUCACAGCAGUGAUGCGCUCAAACUACGAAGCUGCUGUGAAGAAGGGAAUCGAUAUUGACUCCGUGCAGUACGGCCAGGUCAAAGCGUGGAGGCCAACAGCCAUCGUCAAAUCCGUCCCCGACGUUUCAAAGGAGAAUAUUCCCCCCUUCGACUACAUCGUCGUAACAACAAAAAAUAUUCCAGACGCACCACCGACAGUCUCCGACCUAAUCGCGCCCGCCGUAACCCCAGGCAAAACAGCCAUAGUGCUAUCCCAGAAUGGCCUCAACAUCGAGAACCCCCUAAUCGAGCGCUUCCCCACAAACCCCCUAAUCAGCAGCGUCGUCUACACAGGGGCAACAAUCACCGGCCCAGCAGCCGUCUACCACGACGACGAUGAGUGCCAGAAGAUCGGCGCAUUCGUGAACCCUGCCGUCCCUGCGAGUGUUGCAGAUGAGGCAGCGCAGCGCUAUGUGCAAAUCUUCAACCCUAGCGGUGAACUAGAGAUAAUCUACGAGCCAGACGUGGCGACGACGCGCUGGCGCAAGAUCGCAUACAACGGGAGCAUGAACCCCGUCGCGACGAUUCUGGGGAUGGACACGCCGCGCAUGCGCAUGACGGUGCAUGUCAUCGAUGACCUGAUCUUGCCUAUAAUGCGGGAGGUGGUUGAGAUCGCGAAGGCUUGUGGAGUGACGCUUCCUGAGGAGAAGGACCUGGCGCAUGCGAUACUGCACCAGGAUCCGAAUGAUACGGCGUUUAAGCCCAGCAUGUGUCAGGACUAUGAGAAGGGGAAUUUGAUGGAGAUUGAGAAUAUUUUGGGCGAGCCGCUGAGGGUGGCGGAGAGGGUUGGUGUGCCGGCGCCGAAUUUGAGGAUUGUUUAUAGCAUCAUGAAGGGGUUGCAGGUUAGGGUUAAGGAGAGUAAGGGGCUGUGGGAGGCUACUUUUCAGCCGGGGAAUCCGUAUGUGUAG